AUGGCUGACGCUGACGGCUGGGAGGACAAUGCUUCUGCUCCGGCAGUGAAACCGUCUGGAGGUGCAGGAUUCGGAGGAAAGUCGACUGGCUUCGGAAACAACGGAGGAGGUGGCUUCGGAGCUAAGACCAGUUCUAGCUUCGGUGGCGGAAACUCGGGAGAAGGUUUCGGAGGAGCAAAGUCGGGCGGAUUCGGAAGCGGAAGGAACGGUGGUGGAUUCGGUGGAAACUCUGGUGGCGUUGGUUUUGGAGGAAACUCGGGAGGCGGAUCCGGCUUCGGUGGUAACUCUGGAGGCGGUGGUGGAUUCGGUGGAAACUCUGGCGUUGGUUUUGGAGGAAACUCGGGAGGCGGAUCCGGCUUCGGUGGUAACUCUGGAGACGGUAGCGGAUUUGGAGCGGAUUUGGAGGUAACUCUGGAGGCGGCGGCUUUGGUAGCGGUGGAGGUGGAGGAUUCGGUAGCGGUGGUAACUCCGGUUUCGGUGGCGGUGGCAACUCCGGUUUUGGAGGAGGAUCCGGCGGCAGGCGGCUAUGGGGGUGAAAGAGGAGAGCGAAACAACAGUGAGUUUUUGAAGUUGGACAACCAUUUAUUGUUCGUCUUUCAGAUUGUUUCAAUUGUAACCAGCCAGGACAUCGGUCGAACGAGUGCACCGAGCCGCGUAAGCCAAGAGAAGGAGGUCCAAGAACCUGGACAUGCAUCUCGCGAGUGCCCAGAAGAGCGCAAACCUCGUGAAAACCGUGGAGGAAGUGGAUUCGGUGGAGCUUCAGGAGGCUUUGGAAGCGGUGGAAAUGGAUUCGGAGGAACUUCUGGAGGCUUCGGAGCAGGCAACGACGAGGGAUUCGGUGGUGGUGGUGGUGGAGGCUUUGGCGGUGAAAGAGAGGAACGUGGACCAAUGAAAUGCUUCAACUGCCGCGGAGAAGGACAUCGUUCUUCAGAUUGUCCAGAACCACCACGUGGUUGUUUCAACUGCGGUGAGCAGGGACAUCGCUCAAAUGAAUGCACUAAUCCUCCAAAACCGAGAGAAGGAACAGAGGGAGAAGCACCAAAGGCAACGUAUGUUCCAGUCGACGAUACUAUGGAGGAAAUACUCAACAUGCAAAAAAUCACGGAGGGAAUUAUGUUCCAUAAGUUCUUCGAUGCUGAUGUUCAGGUUACCUCAUGUGGGAAAUCUGUCAAACCACCUCCAUGUAGAACGUUCGAAGAUGCAAAACUUACUGAAACUAUGCUGAAAAAUGUUCGAAACGCUGGGUACAACAAGACCACACCAAUCCAACAGUUUGCGCUUCCUCUUAUUCGUGAUGGUCACGAUAUCAUGGCUUGCGCUCAGACUGGAUCCGGAAAAACCGCUGCGUUCCUUUUGCCAAUUAUGUCUCGUCUUACUGAUGAGAGCGAUUUGAACACAGCCGGAGAGGGUGGUUGCUAUCCUCGCUGCAUUAUCUUGACCCCGACUCGUGAACUUGCGGACCAAAUCUACAACGAAGGAAGAAAGUUUGCAUAUCAGACAAUGAUGGAGAUCAAGCCAGUUUACGGAGGUCUUGCUGUUGGUUACAACAAGAGUCAGAUCGAAAGAGGAGCCACCAUCGUCGUUGGAACUGUUGGAAGAAUCAAACAUUUCUGCGAGGAAGGUACAAUCAAGCUGGAUAAGUGCCGAUACUUCGUCCUCGACGAAGCUGAUCGCAUGAUCGAUGCCAUGGGAUUCGGAGAUGACAUUAGAACAAUUGUCGGCUACGAAGGCAUGCCACAGAAGGAAAACCGUCAAACUCUCAUGUUCAGCGCUACGUUCCCAGACAGUGUUCAAGAAGCAGCUCGUGAGUUCCUGAGACAGGACUACUCCAUGAUUACCAUUGACAAGAUCGGAGCUGCAAACAAGUGCGUAUUGCAAGAAUUCGAGCAGUGCGAAAUGUGCGACAAGAAGGACAAGCUUCUUGAAAUGCUGGGAGUCGACCUCGAAAGUUAUACGACAGUAACAAACGCUGAUGUCUAUACCAAAAAGACCAUUGUAUUCGUCGCUAGGCGUGCUUUGGCAGAUACAUUGGCAGCAGUUCUUUCGACUGCUCAAAUUCCAGCUAUCACGAUUCAUGGCGCACGCGAACAAAGAGAACGCUCUGAAGCUCUGCGGCAUUUCCGUAACGGAAGUAAGCCGGUUCUUAUUGCUACUGCUGUCGCGGAACGUGGUCUCGACAUCAAAGGAGUGGAUCAUGUUAUCAAUUAUGAUAUGCCGGAUAACAUUGACGAUUACAUCCACCGUAUCGGAAGAACUGGUCGCGUCGGAAACUCGGGAAGAGCUACUAGCUUCAUCGAAGAAGGAUGCCCGCUGGUUCCGGAUCUUUUGAAGGUUCUUGCGGACGCCGAGCAAAAUGUUCCAGACUGGAUGCUAGCUGCUGCCGGAGGAAGCUAUGGUGCCUCAGGAUUCGGAGGAGGACGUGAAUCUGUUCAACAGGACGAAGAAGUUUGGUAG